AUGACUCAUGAGGAGGAAGAAGAAGAAGAAGAAGAAGAGGAAGAAGAAGAAGAAGAGGAAGGAGAGGAAGAAGAGGAAGAGGAAGAAGACGAAGGAGAGGAAGAAGAGGAAGAGGAAGGAGAGGAAGAAGAGGUAGAAGAGGUAGAAAAGGUAGAAGAGGUAGAAGAGGUAGAAGAGGAAGAAGAGGAAGAAGAGGAAAAGAAGAGGAAGAAGAAGAACGAGAAGAAAAGAAAGAAGAAAAACGAGAAGACAACAAAGAAGAAGAAAAACGAG